AUGGCUAACAUCUUUAAAAGAUCCCUUUCUCUUUCUGCUACCGUAAAUAAUAUGGUAAAAACUCCAAUUCAAGUUUAUGGUGUUGAGGGACGUUAUGCUUCUGCAUUGUAUUCUGCUGCCGUUAAAUCAAAAACGUUGGAAAACGUUGAUAAAGAUCUUCAAAAAGUAAAACAACUUUAUGAAACUGAUGCUAAAUUUAAGGAGUUUGCCAUCAAUCCAACUCUCCAAAAUGACAAAAAAAAAGAGGCUGUCAAAAAAAUUGCAAAGGCUCUUGGAGUCUCUAAAGAAGCAACAAACUUUUUUGGUGUUCUUGCUGAGAAUGGACGUCUUAAUAUUCUUGAAGCUGUUAUCAAUUCAUUUGAAUCAAUAAUGCGUGCCCACAAAGGAGAAUUAUUUGUUGAGGUUACUUCUGCAGCACCUCUUUCCAAAGCUCAUCAAUCAUCUCUUAGUGAUGCUUUAGGAAAAUUUAAUAAAGGUGGAAAAAAUUUGACUGUCAAAUAUAUUGUUAAACCAGAAAUUGUUGGAGGACUCAUAGUUAACUUAGGUGAUAAGUAUGUUGAUAUGUCUAUGGCAACCAGAAUCAAGAAAUAUCAUGAUGCACUUAAUGAGGCUCUUUAA